AUGUCGGCUGAAGAUGAGAUUUUGAAAAUGUUUUUCGACGAUAAGUUUGUUCCUCUUGCAUAUUUGGACUUGCUAUUAUCUCCCAAUGGCUUGCCAUUAAGCAAUUUACAGUCAGUCUCUUCGUCACUGCUUUCAAGACUUGACCUUUAUACAGACCGGUUGACAGGGGAACUGGAGUCCACAAUACAACGACUACGAAGACCAACGGAACUGCUAUCUUACAAAAAUGCACAUUUUCAGGGAGAGGGAACGACAAAACUGCAGUACUACCUGGAUACUCUGAGUACGUCUGUUAAGGAUCUGAAGGAAAACAUAGCCAGAGUCAAUACACAAGUAGAAGAUAUCAAAUUGAACAGCCGGGAAAGUACAAAGACCGCAGAAACUCUUCGAGAUCUCAACUUGAUAAAAGCUCGUCUCACACAAGUAUCUAAAUGUUUUGAAGAUCUUCGAUCCAUAGUGAUAGCGUCUUUUGAAGGCAUCGGCGAAGACGAAAUACCGCAGACUGUCUCUUUGUCGGACUUUAAAGCUUCGCUCAAAGUAUUAGGAGAUCUUCUGUGCUCUGAAUUCAUUCGCUCGCAAGCGACGGAAUCAGCACGCACUAGAAACGACGAACUAUUGAACAGAGUACAGAAUCUUGCUGAGCUCAGGCCGGCUUUCCGUAGUCUUACGAAAUUCAGCUUAGCUUACGACGAAUUUGUGAGUCGCAUCAGAAAUGAGGCCGAGACAUAUAUUCAGAAGAAAGAUAUGGACCCAACCUUUGUUUAG